UCGUCUCAUACUAUAGUGCCACCUCCUAUCAUGACCUCAUUCAUCAUCAAAAGAAAGCUGUAUAUUCCACCGCCAUUAAAUUCACAAUCUGCAUCAUAUAAAGCAAGCAAGCAAGAGUUCAGCAGUUAGUACUUACUACUAGUACACCUUUUUCUACUACCAAAACUCCAUCGACCUUUUAAGUUAAUUUCCCCCCAAAGCAGAAAAGAGUAUAUUAUGGGUAGUUCAGAAGAGGAAAGACUUGUUCAAAUGGUACAGGACUUCAUAGAAUCAGAAUCAUCAUCAGUGCCCAUUUUCCCUUCUUCCUCAAAGUGCCUUUCUACUGAGGAUCAAGCCAAGUACUUCAUUUUAAAGGAAAUUCUUGGUAGGGUGACGGAAGCUGAAGCAAAGGUUCUUGAGAGUGUACUGAAGCAUAUGAAAUGCAAAAAGGAAGCUGAAAGAACAAGCAGUCUAAAGAAGUGGCUUGUCUUAAGGUUGACACUUGAUGGCUUUAAUGCUUCUAUUUGUCAAACCACUUUGAUCACUUCCUUAGGAUGUAAAGCUGGUGAUUAUGAGUACAUUGACAUAACAUUGAAAGAAGAGAAUGGGAAGAGCAUAAAGAGGGUGAUAGUGGACAUAGACUUCAGGUCACAAUUUGAACUGGCAAGGCCAACACUAUUCUACAAAGAACUAACAGAGACAGUGCCAUCACUUUUUGUUGGGAGUGAAGAAAAACUGAACAAGAUCAUCUCUUUACUUUGCUCAGCUGCAAAACAAUCACUUACAGAAAGAGGGCUCCAUGUGCCUCCAUGGAGGACCAGCACAUAUAUGCAGUCCAAAUGGCUCAAAGUCACUGCUACCACACCCAAUUACAGUAGCAAUACCGCAGAAGCUAAUCAAAGUUUUAGCAUUUGGACACCUCCUAAGCCUAUUGUUAAGCAUGAGAGAAGGGCUUUAGGUGGUGGUUCUGCCUUGUCUAGUCAGUUCUCUACCAUGGGCAUCAAUUGUUGCUAAGAAAGAAAAGAAAAGGAAAACAAAGAAUUUGAUAGGAUAACUAGGAUAUAAUUUUAAAAGGGUUUUCUUCAAUUUUGGUUGCCUUCCUUUCUUUACUUUUUAAAUAAAAUAACUUUAAUAAUGUGAGUUCUUUUCUCUACUAAAUAAUAUAUGCAAUUUAUUUUAGUA